AUGGCGGCGGUAUGGAAGGAAGGCAUGGCUAAGGAAGGAGGCCACGGCCGCGAUGGCGGCUUCCCUUCAGCCCCCGGCCAGCGACAGCCCCCACAGCCAGGGCCCCAGGCACCUCCAGCCCCCGGGCCGGCUCCGGACCAGCAGCCUCCAAACAACACGCUGUUGGCGCUGCCCAUCGUAGCUAUAGAGAACAUCCUCAGCUUUAUGUCCUACGACCAAAUUAGCCAGCUCCGCUUGGUUUGUAGAACAAUGGACUUGAUCUGCCAGAGAAUGUUGAAUCAGGGAUUUCUGAAAGUGGAGCGGUACCAUAGUCUACGCCAGAAACAAGUUAAAGCACAGCUCCCAAGGAGAGAGUCGGAAAGGCGAAACUAUCCAUUAACCCGUCAUGCCGAUAUCCUUGCUGCUGUUGAAACCAGACUAUCACUGUUACAUAUGACUUUCAUGAAGUAUGUGGAACCCAGUCUCUGUUGCUUCAUCCCAGGAAAGGUCAUUGAUGAAAUUUAUCGUGUGUUGAGAUAUGUCAGUUCUACCAGAGCCCCUCAACGAGCUCACGAAGUGCUUAAAGAAUUAAGGGAUGUUUCCUCCAUGGCAAUGGAAUACUUUGAUGAGAAAAUUGCUCCAGUACUAAAGAGGAAAUUACCAGGAUCAGAUGUGAAUGGAAGACUCACGGGCUUUGCUCCAGCCCCAGGACUUUCCGCGGACGUAAGGAGGAUACAGCUGUUCUCCAUGCAAAGCCCUGCAAGGCAAGAGCUCUCCACGCUCCAGCAGCACGUUAAAACAAAUGCUGCUGGUGUGCUUGUUCUCAGGCGUGAGAUUUCUGAGCUUCGCACUAAAAUGCAAGAACAGCAGAAACAACUUCAAGACCAGGACCAGAAACUGCUAGAACAAACCCAGAUCCUAGGUGAACAGAAUGCACGGUUGGCAGAGCUGGAAGGCAAACUGCAAGAGAUGAUGGGGAGUGCGAUAGGAAACUCCUCAGGGUCUGGGCACAACGAGGAGUCUACUCAGAAGAGAAAAAAUACAGAGGAAGUCAUGGACUCUUUUAAGAACCCUAAACGUGUUCGGAAUUGA